UAAACACGCAAUUCUCUAUGUAGGUCUCUAUUAUUGUCUUAGGAAGAAUAUAUUGACGAUUGAUCUUGGCUUUAUUAAGCAUAUCAAAUUAGAUUCAAUGGAGGUCUUAGGCGAUGAUAAUAAACAAGAAGAAAUAUGUGAUAUACCUAGUAAAAAUGUAGAUGUACAUUUGGUAAUUAGACGAAAAAAGGUGACCUUAUAUCUUGACGUGCUGGAGAGUACCCAAGUUAUUAAGCUCAAGAAAAUGAUCGAAGCUAUAUUCAAAGUACAGCCACAGGACCAACGGCUAUUUAUCAUGUUUCUAAACAAUUGUUAUCUUGACGAAUAUAAGGAAUUAUCUGAUUCUACUGCACAGUUGUUUCAAUGUGGAUUGACUUCAUCGGCGGCAAUGAUAACGAACCCUGCAAUAAUUGGAUUAGCUGUACGACAAGAGGAUGGUUCAUUUGAAAGUCUCGAAGUAAUAUCAUACUCGAACACAGAAUGGCCAAUGCCUCCAAACGAUGAUGAUUUGCAAAAAUGUGCUGCUUAUAAUGAAAAGUAUGCGAAAAUGAUGGAGGAUAUUCUAGAGGGAAAAGGUCCAAGUAAAAGAAUAUUGAAAACGAAAUGAUAUGACAUUGCAUCAACCGACAAUGAAUUAUGUUUUGUGUUCAGUUGAAAUUCUACAUAAUGCAAAGUGAGAAAAGUGUAUUAUAAUAACUGUAGUAUACUAUACUAUAGUAUAAUAAAUG